AGGGUUUAUCUUCUAAUAUACACUUUUAGCAGACUUUAACCUUGGUCGAUAAGUAUAUUUGUACACGAUUAUAUAUUUUGCUGGCAUGCAGUCUCUGGAAUCCUACGAUAUAUCGCCUCAAACGGGGUUCCUUCCCUCACAACCUCCUCUCCGUCGACUUCCAUCUGCUUACUUUGCACCAUGGGAGUCUCUUAUGGAAGACUGUAAUGGUUUAUUACUGGCCGGUAAGCUCCGAGAAAGAGUCCACAAGCUUCCUUUACUUGACUCAAUCCGGCUCCAGAAUGUUCAAGAAUACAGACGAGCAUUCCUGAUAUUAUGUAUGGUAUCCCACAGCUAUGUUUGGGGAAAGCAUGAGAAAACAUUGGAGAUAUUGCCUGCGUGUUUGGCCGUACCUUGGACAGCUAUAGCAGAUCAUCUAGGUCUCUGUCCAGUUGUUUGUCACGCGGCAGUUGUGUUAUGGAAUUACAGGCUUUUGGACAAAAAAGGGCCACUUGAUCUAAGCAAUUUAACUACACUGGAAACCUACACGGGAUCAUUAGACGAAUCAUGGUUCUAUCUUGUCACGACCGAAAUUGAGGGUGCAGGUGCACCAUGUCUGCAAGCCAUUACAAACUCAAUUGAGCAUAUUAAAGAUGGUGAUUACUCUGAAUUGAUCGACGAUUUGCAGGUCGUACAUUCUGCACUAGAAAACAUGAACUCUGCACUCCAACGCAUGUACGAGAAAUGCGACCCCUAUGUAUUUUACUGGAAAAUAAGACCUUAUCUGGCUGGGUGGGAGAAUAUGGCCGAGGUUGGCCUUCCUUUCGGAUUGAUAUACGAGGGCAUAGACUCGCACUGGGAUGCAGAGACCGAUGAAUACGCAGAUAUGAGUCAUCUCUCGGAAGGAGAGCGUCUUUUACGCCAAUACCGCCGUUAUGCAGGAGGGAGUGCUGCCCAAAGUAGUCUUAUUGCCACUUUCGAUGUUGCGUUUGGAGUUGAGCACCACCCUACAGGGCAAAAGUCUCCAAUAAAGCUGGACUCUUCCGCAUUGCUCAACCGGGAUCGUUACACACAUCCUCAAUCCACAAAACCCGCUGAUGAACUCAACCAUCCAGACGGGUCUGCUACCCCACAAACUCCACCCACAUUUGUACGCACUAACCGUAAUCGCUUUUUGCGCGCAAUGCGAAAGUAUAUGCCCCUAAACCACCGCAAGUUUCUUGAGGAUCUUGAAGUUGCAGCUAACCUAAGACCAUUUAUGCUCCAGCUUCAAGAAAAACAGCUUAUUACCCAUUUGACAGAAAAAGAAACCCGGCUUCUGGAACUCUAUAACGGUUGCCUGAAUCAACUCAAGCUUUUUAGAGAUAAGCAUGUCCAAAUUGUUACUCUUUAUAUUGUAAACCAAUCCCGUAAAGGCGCCAAUACUGGUAAUGGUGGAUAUGCUUCCGACAAAAAGGAGCCUACACCAGCAAAAGCCACCUUUACACCAACAGUCCCUAUCAAGGAAAAACCUGAUACUUCGGAAGCAGUAACUGCCCUUUAUCCUCAGGCCGCCCUUGAGUCAGAGCGAGGAAUUCGCGAGGGAUCUGUAUCUGCAAAAGUUAACCAGUUUUUUCCGCAGUUAGGCCUGGCUAAGCAUGUUGACCCAAAGUCCGGUGUUGUGCGAGGUACAGGAGGAACAAACAUUAUGCCAUUCUUGAAGCAAUCUCGUGAUGAGACGAAUGAUAUGAAGUUACCCAUAAUUGACCCAAAGGUUGAUUCAAAGACUGUAAUCCCAGAAAAGAGUUUCACAGAUUGGAUAUUGCGUCGAUGAAUAUAAUAUUAAUAUUAAUAUUAUAAUUUAAAUAGUUAUAAUUCAAAUAAUAUUAGGAGUUUAACUUGUGAUAUAAAAUAUGUAAUUUAUCUGAGCUAUAGAUAUGUAGUAAUUGCAUACUACUAUGGAUUUUCUUUUUCUUCCUUAUUGUAUCUCGUCAGGUGCUUUCAUUUGAUUAUUUAUUUACAUACAGCACUUUUAUCUCUAUUAC